AAAGCACAAUCAGACCGUGUUGGUCAGUCGGUUGGGUACCAUCGAAGGUGACGCGACCACGAGGUACUUGUGGUACCAUCACCAGCUCUUGUUACGUAACAACCAAUAAUCGGUCACUACAGGCGUUGUGACAAGUGUAUCGUUAUCGUUUUAUUGACAACAGGCGAUUGGAGGCCACCAUGGAAUCAUGGCUCGUCGACGUGAAAAGGGUCCGAAUCCCUCGGCCCAAAUUCGGCAGUGGGUCUCGAUGCGCCUACCCCAUUGAACCCCCGAAAGAUUACAUCUAUGACGACUGUCGACAGGACGAUAUCAAAAUCAGGGCUGCCCUACAAAACACCAACUUGGCGAAAGCCACGGAAGAGCUGCGACGAGCUCUCCAGGAGAAAUUGUAACUUUAAUCGCGCUUUUUCCUAAUUAGCUGACUAAUACACGCAAGUUAAUUUACAUUGUAAAUGAAAGUUAUAAUAAGCACCUGGCGGCUUCCGCACAAAAUUUUCAAUUAAAGAGAAUUUAAUAAUUCCAAGGAAUCAACGUCAAAAAUGAUAUGUUCAUUUACGUCCUGAUUGUUGCUUCCACUAAAUCGAAAUAAAUUUCAAAUUAGAGAAAUUGAUUCCAGGGAUUUUAGGGCCAAAUAGAGCGGGAUUACUUCCAAACCAUUUGAUGUCUGAUUUAGAAUCCUCAAAAGCGUAUUAGUUUUGGUCAAGUGGCGGAAAAUUUGCAAUGUGAGUUAGCAGAAAUAACUUUGUUUUAAAUGUAAAUAUCCCACAAAUACAUACCACUACACAACAUUACACUAGAUAAGUUUUAAACUCUAAUUAAUUUUAAGUAGUGUACAUAACUGUGAUAUCUAUAGAAAUAUUAUUCCAUACAUUUAGAGGAAUUCAUAUUCGAUUAUGCAUACAUUAAUAAUUUUUAUGUUAUUUUUGUAAUAAAAUAUUUAUAAAUUUCGA